CACCUGCCGCCAUUUCCACAGUUGACCUAGCAUUUUUAUAAGCUAGCUAACUUUACUAAAAGUUAAAUAUGUAGCUCCAGAAAAGCUUUGUAGAUCUAAAGAAUUGUGUUUGCGCUGAUCAUGUCAAACGCUUUUUUAAGUGGAAGGUUGUACAAUUAAAACCCGUUUGCUCUCCCCGAGGAUGCUGCUGCUUCACUUCAUGUCACAAGCUAAGUAUUUCAUAUUUGUCAGUAUGCUAAUCAUAAGUCGAGUUUGUUAGCUCUGCUUAGCUUCUUUGUUCUAUUUGCUCAUGUAAUACUAAUGCGACUGCUGGCUGAGACCGUCUUAUGUUCAUUAGGUACAUUGUGGUCUUGAUGUUUUUUGUUUUUUUUGUUUUGUUUGUUUGUUUGUUUGUUUUUUUAAAUUAAUUUCUUAAUCUUGGCUUUUCUGUGUUGUUGUUUGGCAGGUGCACUGUGGUUCUGUCAUGCUGUUGAUGGGGAAAUGAUUGUUCUAUACAAAUGUGCAACAUCUACUGUGUCAAAUUCAGCAACAUGUUACUACAGCAAACUGUUGGACCAGGCUAAUCUCCAUUUGGUUUACAUAUGCUUCCUCAUGAGAUCACGUGAAAGGGAUCAUGUGAGAAGGUGCAUUGCUCCCUCAGAGCAUUAUGGGAGUACGCCGGUUGUUGCUGGCCUGUCGAGGGAUUGUUAAAGUCUCUGGAGUGUGAGGGGAGAAGAGACUGAUAAUCCUGGAACAGACACCUAACUGUACCUGAGGCGGCAUUCUCCUCCAAUCAGGUUUGGCACAUUACUUCUUCCAUCCGUCCAUCUCAGCUCCCUUCGGAUGUCCUAGCUCCUCAUGCAGAGCCCAGCCACCCUUCAGAGGACACUCAUUAUGGCUGCUUGUAUCCAGGAUCUCAAUCAUUUGGCCACACCCUAAGGCUCAUAGGUCUUCAUGGAGGUAUUCAAGAUGGCAGCUUUUGGGAAAUCUCUCCUUACUUUAGCAGCAGUCCUCCUGCAUGCGCUGAGAUGUCAGGGGGGAAUUGGAAAAGGAAAAGACAUCUCGCCGCUGAGGUUCACGCACCAUCUCUACAACGCCACCAUCAACGAGAACUCUGCCCCGCGGACGUACAUUGAGACGCCAGUGAAGAUGGGCAUCGAAGUGACAGAUCUGUUCUGGGAAAUCAACUAUAAUGUCGUCUCAGGUGAUGACGACAGCCUUUUCCAAGCAGAGGCUGUUAAAAUUGGGGAUUUCUGCUUUCUCAGGAUCAAAACAAGGAGCAGUAAUUCGGCACUCCUCAACAGGGAGGUCAGGGACACUUACACUCUCACUGUGGAGGCAACUGAGAGCACUUUUGACUUUCAGGCAAAGACGAAGGUGUUUGUCCAGGUCCUUGACACAAACGACCUAAAGCCUCUUUUUUAUCCUGCCUCGUACAAUGUGGCCAUCAGGGAGGACACUCAACUUAAGUCAAGUGUGGUCCGGGUUAGUGCUACAGAUGCUGACAUUGGCAGCAACGCUGAGUUUUAUUACUCUUUCACCAGCAGAGCUCAUCCUUUUGUCGUCGACCCUUUCACAGGCACAGUCAGCCUUGUCAAGAAGCUCAAUCACACUCGAUCAACCAGAUAUGACCUUACUGUUUUAGCUGAGGACCGAACAAAGAAGAUAUCCGGUGUUCAGAAGUUUGGUAAUGUUGCCAGGGUUACAGUAAAUGUACAAAAGAUGUCCACGAGGUCUCCGGUUAUCACACCUCUCCCUGAACCCACGGUCUCCACAGACGGUAAAAUAUCUAUCAAUGUCCACGUGGAGGCAGGAGUUAAACCUGUGGAAUCCGUUAAUAUUGUUGGAGGGGAUCCCCACAAGUGUUUUGAGAUAAUCCCCUUAGGGGUGCAGGGCAGUGACUUCCAAGUGAUCUCUACAAAGAGGAUUAUCUGGUCUCAAACUCCUUUUGGACUGAAUCUGUCCCUUCAAGCUAAAGACAGGAGCUUCCCAAGUUUACUCUCUCCAAUUACACAGUUAUACCUUCCGGCCUAUCAUUUUAGCCCAUUGGCAUUUUUUGAAGACACCUACAUUGUCACACUGAGUGAGUUUUCACCCCCUAAAACUCAUGUUGUCAAGGUUUCUGUCACCUCAGUGCCUUAUAACGUUACCUUUGGUAUCAAAAAUAAUCCGGACAGUUCUAAAUUCAAGAUAAAUCCCAAAACAGGAAUCAUCAUCACAACAGAAAGGUUUGACUAUGAGACAAAGAACCGUUAUGAGUUUGAUGUUGUGGCCAAUCAUGGUGAAGCCGAGACUCACAUCGUGGUCGAGGUAAUGGAUGAAAACGACAACAGCCCACAGUUUAGCCGCUCCUCCUAUGAGGCCACACUGGAUGAAAACUCCCCUGUUGGCAGCAGUGUUUUGAAAGUAGCCGCCACAGACAAAGAUAAAGGCAAAAACAGCUUUGUGACUUACUCUAUUGCCAACUCAAGCCCAUUGCCUUUCACAAUAGACCCAUUUACAGGUGUCAUAUCGACCUUGGAACACUUGGACUACGAGCUGAUGAAAAGGCGGUAUCACCUGAGAGUUUGGGCGUCAGACAGCGGCAGCCCCUUCAGUCAGGUCAGCGAAUGCCCUGUGAUGAUAACCCUGAACAACGUCAACGAUAACGUCCCUCUGUUUGAGAGGGUAGGCUGCAACACCACCGUACCUUUAGAUUUAGCCAUAGGCCACACAAUCGUUGAGCUGUCAGCUAUUGAUUCAGAUGAGCUGCAGCAGCUGAGGUAUGUCAUCGAGUCAGGAAAUGAGCUCCAGGUAUUUGAUAUUGAUCCUGUGUCAGGAGCCAUCACCCUUAAGCAGCCGAUCCCCCUGCAUGCAAAUUCGUUCACUUUGGGAGUUGUAGCCACUGACGGGAAACAUCGUUCGGAAACUUCAGUUGUCAGGGUAACUGUCACUAACAGAGGUGAUGAUGCUAUGGUCCACUGCCAGGAAACAGGCAUUUUCAAACAGCUGACUGAUAAACUGAUAGAGUCUAUCAAACCUGUUUUAACCAGCCAAGAGGACGACACAUUCUCUGAUAUUCACAUCACUAACCGACACUCUCCAAAGUUUGACUUGAGCCUCCCGAGUUCAAUUGACCUCAGUGAGGACUUUCCAGUGAACUCCACCGUCGUUCAGUUCAAGGCAACAGAUGCUGACUCUGGGUUUAAUAGUAAGCUGGUGUACGCCAUAUCAAGUGGGAACGAGGAUGGCUGUUUCUUCAUCGACACUUUCUCUGGAGACCUUCAGUUAGUUUGUCCAUUAGACAGAGAGAGCAAAGAAUUCUACAUUUUGAACAUCACUGUUUUUGAUUUGGGAACUCCACAAACAUCUGCAUGGAAGUUUGUUGCUGUGAAUGUCAUCGACGUCAAUGACAAUCCUCCUGUUUUUGAGCAGCCCAGAUAUGUGAUACGUGUACCUGAGAACACUGAGGUGGACUCCAUUAUUUUUACAGCUCGUGCAGUAGAACUUGACUCAGAUACGAGUGGUAAUGUCCAAUACUCCCUGCUAACGUCCACUGACAUGUUUAGAAUUGAAGAAGAGACUGGUGAGGUGAUGGUCACAGGUCGUUUGGAUCGAGAAACCUCACCCAGGCAUGACCUCCUAAUCAAAGCCAGAGACCAAGCAAAGCUUGGCCCUCAGUUGUUCUCUACAAUUGAACUUGUGGUGGUUUUGCAAGACGUUAAUGACAACCCACCCAAGUUUGUACCCAAAGUUUACAAGAUAAAAGUCCCUGAGGAUGUACCCGUGGGAACCCUCCUCGUCUGGGUUGAAAGCGUUGAUUUGGAUAUGGGCAGUGGAGGCCUCGUCAGCUACAACCUCAAGAACACAGAGGGUGGGAUCUUCCACCUUGACUCCUCCACUGGUGGCUUGACCCUGGAGAGGGAGCUGGACUUUGAGAGGCGGCCACUUUACAACCUCACAGUCCGGGCUGUCGAUCAUGGCCUCCCCCGCUCCCUCUCCUCCUCCUGUUUUGUGGAGAUUCAGGUUCUGGAUGUCAACGAGAACCUCCACAGGCCUGUGUUCUCAGAGUUUGUGUAUGAAGCCGGAGUGAUGGAGGACGCAGCAGUGGGGACAUCAGUGGUCACACUCACAGCUUCAGACAAGGAUCUGGGCAGAGAUGGCGUCGUCAGGUACCAUAUCCAUGAAGGCUCAGGUCUUGGAGUGUUCACCAUUGAUGAGGAAACAGGUGUGAUUCGUACAACGGAGACGUUGGACCGAGAGACUGUGUCUCACUACUGGCUUUCUGUCUAUGUCACUGAUUUGGGCACUGAACCUCUGAUUGCCUGGACUCACGUCUUCCUGGAGGUCCUGGACGUUAACGAUAAUGCUCCAGAGCUCUCUCAGCCGGUGUAUUUCGCCACCGUCCAGGAGAACAUGGACAAGGUCAAGUCUGUCGUCCAGGUGUCAGCCACAGAUGCAGACACUUCCUCUGACGGGAAGCUCUCCUACCAGAUGCUGGAGUCUCAUCGCACCUACUUUGAUGUGGAUCCCAAAACAGGUGUAAUCAGCACACUGACCACAUUGGACCGAGAGGAUAAACCAGAACACAGUGUCGAGGUAAUCGUUUCAGAUAACGCCUCUCCGCUUUUGAGAUCCACCGCCACUGUGGUGAUCAGAGUCCUCGAUGCCAACGACAACCGACCGAAGUUCACGGACAAACUUUUCCACGUGAAGCUGCCCGAACAGCGUCAGCAAGCCGGUAAACAGGAAGUCUGCAGGAUGGUCGCCCGUGAUGACGAUGAAGGCUCAAAUGCUGUUGUCACCUACAAGCUCCAAGACAACAGCGAUGAGCGUUUUGAGAUUGACUCGGCGACGGGUGUGGUGACAUCACAUGGUGAUUUCUGGCCUGGAAACUACAGUAUUCUCACGAUCAAAGCCACAGACCAGGGCAGCCCCUCACGCUCGUCCACGUCGAGGCUCGACAUCGAGUGGAUCACCCUCCCACCACCCUCUGCUGAGCCAAUCACGUUCGACGAGCCCCACUUCACCUUUGCCAUCCUCGAAACGGAGCCUGUCACUCACAUGGUGGGCAUCAUCAUGACAGAGACACAUCGGCAGUGGUGGUUCGAUAUCACAGGUGGCGACGAGGACAAGGACUUUGAUAUCCAGAGAAAUACAGGAACCAUCUCAAUCGCCCGCCGGCUCGAUGCUGCUCGACGCUCCAACUACAAUAUGACUGUUCGGGUCACCGAUGGCCACCACACCGCCACCACACAGGCCUACAUCCGUGUGCUGGACAUGAAUGAGCAUCGUCCGGUCUUCCUGAAGCCGCUGUACAAGGUGAGGGUUCCUGAGGACACGUCCCCCUGGAAGGACAUCCUUCAGAUCAGCGCGCAGGACGCCGACACCAACAGUAAGCUCGUGUACUCCAUCCACAGCAGCCUCCAUCCAGACAGCACCAAGUUCUUCCAUCUGGACCCAAAGAGUGGAGUCCUGGUGAUGACGGAGGAGCUGGACUACGAGACCAUCUCUGUUCAUACACUGAUUGUGAUGGUGCGUGACCAGGAGAUCCCAGUGAAGAGGAACUUUGUGAAGGUGGUGGUUCAGGUGGAGGACUGUAACGAUCAUUCACCAGCUUUCCUCAGCCCCCGCUACGAGGCCAGCGUCUCCAACCAAGCCCCCACAGGCUCCGAGGUCAUCAGGGUCAAGGCUCUGGACAAGGACAUGGGCAGCAACGCUGACAUCAGCUACUCUCUGCACUCAGGAAAUAUCAACAGCAUCUUUUCCAUUGAUCCAGAGCUGGGCUCCAUCGGUGUGUCCAAACCUUUGGACCUCCAGCCUCAGGACCAGUUCCACUUGACAGUGAAGGCCACUGAUCAGGGUUUCCCUCAGCGCAGUGACCUCUGCUCCGUCCACAUUUACGUCCGCAUCUCCGACCAAACCCCACCUGCCUUCCCCUCGGAUGAAUACCUCACAGAGAUUAGUGAAUCAAGUGCCCUUGGAACACCAGUGGUCACAAUCUCAGCCUCCAGCCCUGCUGCAGUGUAUUAUGGGAUAGAAAGUGGCAACCCAAAUGGGACAUUUCACAUCAACCCCUACACAGGGUUGAUUUCAAUCCAGAAGCACCUUGAUUUUGAGAACUGUGCCUCAUACAAGCUCAAAGUUACAGCUUCCACCACAGCUGGAGCCUCGUCAAAGACUCUUGUUUACAUCUACGUGAUUGACGAGAACGACAGCGCUCCUGUUUUUCAGCAGAGGGAGUACCUGGGGCAAAUAAGUGAGUCAGCUCACAUCAACAGCCUUGUGAUGGGGGAAAGAAACACCCCUCUGGUCAUCCAGGCUUCCGAUGAAGACAAAGAUGCAAAUUCUCUUCUGGUGUAUGAAAUCCUCGAACCAGAGGCCCUGAACGUCUUCAAGAUAGACUCAAGUAUGGGCACCAUCUCUUUAAUUUCACCCCUUGACUUUGAAACCAAGGCAGAGUAUCACUUCAGUGUGCAGGUAAAGGACUCGGGGGAGCCAUCGCUGUACGCAGCAGAGCCUGCCAAGGUCAAUGUUCGCGUCCUGGACCUGAAUGACUGCCCACCACAAUUCACCUCACCUGUGUACGAGUCAUCCAUCAUCUUCCCAGCUGUCAGAGAUACAGAGGUUGUGCGCGUCAUGGCCCAUGAUGCAGACUCAACAGUCUCAUACAGCAUCACCGAGGGGAAUCUUCACAAUGUCUUUUCAAUUCAUCCCAACUCUGGAAUCAUCACCGUGAGCGAUGUGUCUGAAUUUAUGUCAUUUUACGAACUGCUCAUCAAAGCCUCAGACGGCCUCUACAAAGACAUAGCAACCGUUAAGAUAAAUGUAACAAACCUCACAGCCAGUGAUCUUGAAUUUGAGCAGCAAGUGUAUUCAGCUAGCAUUACAGAAAACCUAAAAACGGUCAAAACUUUGGCAGCACUCAAAACCACAGGUUGCUAUUUAAAUGAACCUCUUUCAUAUUCUGUGAUAAACCCUAUGGGAAAGUUUUCUAUUUCACAGACAUCAGGCGUUCUUGAAACAACAGGUAUUCCUUUUGACCGAGAGUUACAAGAUGUUUAUGAUGUAGUGGUGAUGGUACAAGACAUGAGAACACCAUCCAGGACAGCUACAACCCAGGUCAAGGUUUUUAUAGAUGAUGUCAAUGACAACUCCCCACAGUUUCUAAACUUGCCUUUUUCAAUGAUGAUCUCUGAAGCAUCUGAACCAGGAGAUGUUUUGUAUCAAGCAACAGCUAUUGACAGAGAUCUGGGAGAGAAUGCAUCCAUUAUGUACUCACUGGAGGAGGAUUACAGCCUCUUCAGGAUAGAUCCUGAUGUAGGUGACAUAUCCCUUCAAAGGCCUCUUGACUUUGAAGCUUUGAAUAAGUACAUGUUGAUAGUCUUGGCGAUGGACGAGGGUGAACCAAGUCUCAGAGCUGUAGCACAGCUCAGCAUUCAAGUGAGGAAUCAAUCCAACCCAGUUUUCCAGACUCUUCUGUAUCCGCUAAAGGUCCCAGAAAACGUUCCACCAUUCACCACCAUCUUACACGUCCAGGCCAGGAAUCCAGAGGGCUAUCGCCUCAUCUACAACCUUGAGGAGGAAAACGCUUCCAAAAACUUUCACAUUGAUUUCAAAACUGGUGUGUUGACUGUCACCAACCCACUCGACUAUGAGAGCCAAACCAUGCAUGUGUUGACAGUUCGAGCUACUGACUCUGUGACCGGAGCUUUCUCUGAGGCCUCCAUUGAAAUAGAAGUGGAGGAUGUGAACGAUAACGCACCAGUUUUCUCAAAGCUGACGUACUCUGCGAUCAUUGAUGAGGGACUUCCUAUUGGCACGUCUGUGAUAAAACUUUAUGCCUCUGAUCAAGACUCUGGCAGGAAUAAAGAUCUUACCUUUCAGAUGGUGAAAACAGAGGGAAACGAGACUGAUUUCUUUGAGAUCGACCCUCAUAGUGGGUUGAUUGUUACAAAACAGGUGCUGGACUAUGAAGACACAACGCACUUUACAUUGAAAAUCAAAGCCACUGACAAUGGCUCUGUUCCUCUAAGCAGUGAAGCGUACAUCCUUAUAAAUGUCACAGAUGUCAAUGACAACCCACCAGACUUUGUUACCUCCCAGUAUGAAGCCAUGCUGGAUGAAAUGGCUAAGUGUGGCCACAUAGUGAUCAAAAUCCAAGCUUCGGAUCCCGAUACCGGGGACCUGAAUAACCUCAGGUACAAAAUCCUCUCAGGGAAUGAAGGCCGGUACUUCAAUAUCAACGAAUCCUCAGGAAUUAUCUCCUUUUCUAACGUCUGUAAGAGGAAUCUGGAUCCUUACUACAAUCUGACAGUAGCAGUAUCUGACGGAGUGUUUCAGAAAACAGCACCUGUCAACAUUAAUAUGAUGAACAGCAACAGGCACAGUCCGUACUUCAAGCAGAACAUCUACGAAGCAGAGCUGGCUGAAAAUGCAGAGGCAGGCACUCGAGUGAUCCGAUUGGCUGCCAUCGACCCUGAUGAUGGGCCAUACGGGAGCGUCGACUACACCAUCAUAAAUAAACUUGCUGAUGAGAAAUUCGCCAUAGACAAUGAUGGCCAGAUUGUUACAACGCAACCAUUGGACAGAGAGAAUCCAAACCAGAGAGUCAUCGCUAUCAAAGUGAUGGCCAAAGACGGCGGCGGAAGAGUCGCCUUCUGCACAGUAAAGAUUAUUCUCACAGAUGAGAAUGACAAUGUUCCUCAGUUCAAAGCAUCAGAAUACCAAGUUUCAAUUCAAUCAACUGUGAACAAAGGCUCCCCUGUCAUUCAAAUCAUGGCUUAUGAUGCAGAUGACGGUAAAAAUGCGGACGUCACCUACACGGUAGAUGAAGCUGAAGAAGUAAGUGAAGACAUCAUCGAGAUCAACCCUUUUACUGGAGUUGUGAGUGUCAAAGAGAGUCUUGUUGGCAUGGAAAACAAGAUCUUCAACUUCAAAGUCAAAGCUCGCGAUGGCAGCCUUCCUUUCUACAACUCCACAGUCCCCGUUCAAGUCAAAGUGGUUCCUCCAGAGGUUCCUCUUCCAAAGUUCUCAGAGCCUCUUUACACCUUCUCAGCUGCAGAGGAUGUCCCCAUUGGGACAGAGAUCGGUUCUGUGAGAGCCGACUCUGACAUGCCUCUUAUUUACAGUCUGGUGGACGGGAACACGCUUGAAAGCAACAAAGACAAAGUGUUCACCCUGGACAAAGAAAGCGGAACUUUGCUGCUACAGAAGACUAUCGAUCAUGAAAAGACAAAAUGGUAUCAGAUAGAUGUGAUUGCUCAGGGAAGCCACAACGGGAGUGAUGUAGCAUCACUGGUGUCGGUCAACAUCCAGGUCCAAGAUGUGAAUGAUAAUCAGCCUGUGUUUGAUGCAAACCCAUACAGAGCCUUCCUGGCUGAGAACCUGCCUGCUGGAACUACUGUUAUCCAGGUGACUGCCAACGACCCUGACACAGACACCAAUGGUCUUGUGACCUACAGCUUGGAGAAUCUACCUGAAGACACCACAGUGGACAUCACCGAGGUAUUCUCCAUCGAUGGAGAGAGCGGCUGGAUCACCACUGUACGGGAGACGGACUGCGAGGCAACCAGGGUUUACAGGUUCAACGUGGUCGCCACGGACCAUGGAGGUGAUGUCAAGCUGUCGUCCAGCGUCCUGGUAGAGGUGACGGUGACUGAUGAGAACGACAACCCGCCCAAGUUCUCAGAUGAUGUGUACCGCGGUUCGGUGGUGGAGAACAGCAGCCCUGGUGAAGUCAUCGUCUCUAUGACGACCACAGAUGCUGACGUGUCACUGGAGAGCCGCCUUGUGACGUGUUACAUCACUGAUGGAGACCCUCUGGGCCAGUUUGCCAUCAUCCAGGCUGACGAGGGCGAGUGGGGUCUGAUUGUUAAGGAGCGUCUGGACAGAGAGACCAAAGACAGAUACACACUCAGAGUCACCGCCACCGACGGGAAGUUUGAGGCUCCGGUUGUUGUAGACGUCCACGUGCUGGACAUCAACGACAACAGUCCGCUGUGUGAGCAGCUGGUGUACACGGAGGCGGUGAUGGAAAACUCGCCCUCCAGCAUGUUUGUGCUGAAGGUUUCGGCUUCAGAUCCAGACGUGGGAGCUAAUGGCCAGAUCUCCUACACCCUUCACGGCCCUGACGCAGACAAGUUCCAUCUCGACCACAGGACAGGUGAGCUGUUCACUCUGGCCGUGUUGGACCGGGAGAAGGAGGUCGAGUACAACAUGGUGGCGAAGGCAACGGACGGCGGCGGGCGGUCGUGUCAGGCGGACAUCCUGCUGAUGAUACAGGACAUGAACGACAACCCGCCUCACUUCUCCUCCAGCCACUAUGAGGUGACUGUGUUCGACAACACCACUGUCCGAACACCCAUCGCUGUCGUUUACGCCAAGGACCCAGACACAGGUAUAAACUCUGAGGUCAAGUAUUCCCUCCUGGCGGGCGACAGCGGCUACUUCUCUCUGGAUGAGUUUUCAGGGAUCUUGCGUCUGGAGCGACCGCUGACCCCCGACACCCCACCCACCUUUGAGCUGAAGGUGAAGGCCACCGAUCGCGGCCUGCCUCGUCACCUCUACUCCGUCGCCACGGUGACAGUGGACGUGGUCUCCCUGGACGACUACCAGCCCAUCUUCCUGAGUUCGGAGUACACCGCUCAGCUGCCAGAAUCCCUGACGGUUGGGUCUGAGGUGUUGAGUGUCUCGGCUCUGACUCGAGACGGUGGAGGGCCGGAUCCAAUCUCCUACCGCAUCGUGUCCAGAAACGAUGUUGGACAGUUCCUGCUGGACUCAGGCACAGGCCUUCUGACCCUCAUUGCACCGCUGGACUUUGAAGUUUCUCGGGAGUACUACCUCUCUGUGGAGGGAAGUCGAGGCAAGUCGUCCCUCAGUGACAUCACCACAGUCAUCAUCAACGUGACAGACGUGAACGACAACACGCCAGUGUUUGGACGUGGCGACUACAGCGCAGAGAUACCAGAGGAUCUGACUCCUGGAGGCCUGGUGAUGAAGGUAACAGCCACUGACGACGACGGUCCCAUCAACAAUCUGCUGCGUUACUCUAUCGUGAGCGGAGACCCUCUGCAGCAGUUCUCUAUUCACCCCCGCAGUGGAGAAAUCACUGUCCGCACUGCGCUGGACAGAGAGGAGAUCCCUCAUUACUCUCUGACGGUGCAGGCAGCAGAUGAAGGUGAUCCUCCUCUCUCCUCGGCGGUGCUCAUCACCGUCACUGUCACCGAUGUCAACGACAACCCACCCGUCUUCUCUCAGGUUAACCACAGUCUGCUGCUGCAGGAGGGCGAGCCGGUCGGCAGCACCAUCCUCCAGCUCGUGGUGGCGGACAAAGACACGCCCAGGAACGGCCCGCCUUUCUCCUUCCACAUCGUCAGCGGCAACGAGGACCGCCGUUUCAACAUCGACCAGGGCGGCCUGCUGUCGCUCUCUGCUCCACUCAAAAAGAAGGUCAAACCCCGUCACCAGCUCAAGAUACAGGUGACAGACAGCGGCCACCCUCCCCUCUCCUCCAUCUGUGUGGUCAACAUCAAUGUCACCGAGCAGAGCAAGUAUCCUCCCUCUGUAGUGCCUUUGGAGGUCUUCAUCACUACCUCUGGUGGACUGUUUGCCAACCGGGUCAUCGGCAGGCUUCACGCCUCCGACCAGGACCUGCAGGACGUCCUGACCUACAAGCUGGUAUCAGAGAAUCCAGAUGAGGGGAGAUUUUCCGUCGACUCGUCUGAUGGGAAAAUCUGGGCGGAUGAAAACCUGGAGGAAGGCUCCUACUCCCUCAACGUCAGUGUAACUGAUGGGAAGUUCAGCGUCUGGACUGGGGUCAAAGUUCACGUGUGGAAGGCCAGUCAGAGGGCACUAGACUCUGGCCUGACGCUGCAGCUGUUCGGGUUGUCAUCAGAGGAGUUUCUGGGCGACCACUGGAGAGGCCUUCAGCGCAGCCUGGGACAAGCGCUGAGCUUACCCAGACAAGAGCUUCACCUGGCCAGCCUGCAGCAGCUACCUGACACCAAGAUCCUGGAGGCCCUGCUGGUCUGGAGGCCUCAGAGUGGACUGGUCCAGUCUCUGCCAACCAGCAGACUUGCAGGGACUAUAUCGGACAUCGAGGACUCUUUGGGCCUCAGCAUCCUCAGGGUGAGCCACAAUGGGUGUCUGGGCCUCGGCUGUCCACCACGAGGCUGCAGGAACGCCGUCCAACUGACAGGAGACAGACUGAGCCAUUUCACUACCGCCAGAGCUGGUUACAUCACUCCACAUCACACCUGGGAGAGCGUCUGUCCCUGUAACGAGUCGGCCGUGAGGUUCGAUGGUAAAUCCUACCUGAAGUACCUUCACAGGAUGGACGAGGACAACCACAGUUUCAAACUGUCACUAAGGUUCAAGACUUUCCAGGAGCAGGGCCUCAUCGUAUCCACCAACAGCACCAACGACUGGGGAACAUUACAGCUGACCGAUGGAGAGCUGCAGUUCAGGUACAGAUGUGGAAACACCUCUCCUGGUUCCUUACUGAUCAGAUCUGAUCCGGUGUCAGAUGGACAGUGGCACAGCAUCCUGCUGGAGGUCAACUCCACCUCCCUGAGACUGACUCUGGACCAGCACCACCCAGCCUUCUCUACCCUGACUGAGCCAUGCCGGAUGUUGCGUUCCCAUGGUGCUUUGCUCUUCGCCUCUUUGACUCAGAGCUCUGCGCCUGAGAUCCACCAUCAUCCACGAAAUUUCAUCGGCUGCCUGGAGGGCUUGGAGCUCAACGGGGAGCCAAUCAGAGUGGGCGACACGGCAGAGUGGGCCGGGCCAGGGAGCAGGAGAGUGUUUGGGGUGUACCAGUGCUGUAGCAGGGCGGGAGCCUGCGACAACAACCCCUGUGAAAACGGAGGGGUCUGUGGGGAGGACAGCAAUGGAGAGCCGCUCUGCAGGUGUGCAGGACUCUUCCACGGCACCCGCUGCGAGCUGCCCGACAAUCCGUGUGCCUCCCAGCCAUGUGCCCACGGCAGAGUGUGUAUACCCAAACCUCAAGGUUACAUGUGCAACUGCUCACUGGACAACGCUGAAGCAGGAUGCCACAACCAGGUUGAAGUCUGCUCACCCAAUCCAUGUCCUGGAGGCUAUGAUUGUAAAGUAACAGAUGGCUUGAUCCACUGCGACCCACUGUCUCAGGUAUCUCCUAUGAUUGGCUAUAUGGAAAUUAUGGAGGUCAGUGUCGGCGUGCUGGGAUUACUCUUCUUGGUCGGCAUCUUCGUUUGCAUCAGGAAACGUUACGUUCAGCAGAAGAAGAAAAAGCCUGUCUGUGUCCAGGACUCCAAUGGCUACUUCCAGCCCAGUCUGGCUAAGAGCCUCAAAGCCGAUAACCAGGAAGCCAACCCCAUAGAGAUGACCUCAUUGGUCAAUGACCUUGACCACUCGCCGUUCAGGUCGCUUAGGCCACGAAGCCAGAUCAGCUCUUCAAUAAGUGGGGUUUCCUCUCAGAAGACGCAGGGGCCUGUUGUGUGCAGUGUUGCCCCCAACCUCCCUGCCAGGCCACCAUCCAGCUCGGACAACGACUCCAUCAGGAAGAACCACUGGGACAUGGACUAUGAAGUCUAUCCUGCAGACCCUGACUACUACGGCCGCCCAGCAGGCCAGGAGUUCCCCCAGUUUGACAUCGUAGAAGACACCUACUCCACCUCUACCAUGGAGUCCCGGCGGAACUCUCGAUUUGGUGGCUUUCCGUUCCCACUGGACCGCUGUGACCGCCGCGCCCCUCUACCGCCCUGCUACAGCAACCAGAACCUGGACGACUUCCUGGGUCCAGACGGGCUUCCUCUUCCCAGCUCCCAGUGCCCCAACGAGUACACCGCAAUCAGCUACUACCCCACCCAGCACACCCGCAGCCUGGACAACGUCUCAGGAGGCUACAAGAGACUCAGCAUGCGUCUGAGCGUGGCUAUGCCAUCGUAUGCAGAGCAGGCCAGCCCACCACCGGCACCAAACCCUGCCCAGCCUCAAACGAGGCCAGCAGGGCAGAACCCACGCAGCUACGACGGGUCGAGCAUGGUGGAGAGCGAUUAUGGGAGCUGUGAGGAGGUGAUGUUUUAAGACACAGUAUUGGUUAAAAGCCUACGUCUUUUUUUUGGCAAUUUGCGUCCAUUCCAAUGAUUACAUGGAAAACUAAACAGUAGAAGUACAUACAACCAUAUCUUCUACUCCAAUCUAAGGCAGCUUUAUGUAUAAGCACACUUCUCAGAUGGGACUUUUUUAAACUAACAGCAGCUCAGCAGUCUCUCACUGUGAGAUCUGAGUCUUUCUUCUCCACUCUGAUAGAGAUGAAAGCACCACAUGAAACAAUAGUUCAGAUGUCUUUCAUUUGUUUGACUUUGUGGUGCAGUCCUGCUGUGCCUCACUAGACGGGGGUAAUUCAGGACUCCUUGGUUACAGCUGCAGAAGUUCAUCCCUUUGUUGAAGAGAUGCUGCCAAGAGCACUCGUUAACAUUAAGGUCGUUUUUAGACAUCUUGUUUUUAGACAACAGUAUUUAUGACUUCAGUGUGGACGGUUUCCAAAUGAAAAAUGAGGCGAAACUCAAGACUUUUUCAACUUGGGAGAAUGUGACUAAGAAGAGGAAUUUGCUUCUGAAACAUGUCCAUAAAACUGUAUCUCCUGGAUUUCACUUCUCAAACACUCACGUCCAACAAGCCAAACGCUCUAAAACCAUCAGUUUCAGGCAAACUUUGAUAACAGUAUGUUUACUAUGCAGCGUGAUGUGAUUGAAUGUGCGACAGCAGACAUGAGAAAAGCCGCUUCCAUGACAGUGGCCAUUAGGCCAACAACGCUCACUCAGAAAUGCCUACCUGAUGAAAUCCCGAUAAAGAGCUUUGAUGAGGACUGUUGCAUUGUAUGAAAGGUAAAUCACCAGCAGGGUUUUAGCAUAUCCACAUUCUGCUGUGUGUUUGUGUCCAUGUGAAAUGUAUUUGCUCAUCAAAGAACUGCAAAAAUGUCAAACACACAGAUUUGAUGUGUGUCUAAUAUUGGCCCAUUAUUUCAGAUCUGAAACGUAUUAAAAAUGACAUUUCAUGUAGGACAAAUAUUUCACUGAACUCUUAAUCUGCUUAGUGUUGCUGUUGUUUAUUCUUGCUGUCUGUUACAAUGAAGGGGGCUGGAUCCUCAUAAAGAACAAAAAAAAAGAUGAAAGCCAUAAACAAGAGGGACAAGGUGAUGUUAGUCGUGAAUGUGAAUGCGUAUUUUAACUUUUAGUGAUAUUAGUGCUGUUCCCAUACUGUUAAUUCUGUAGAUUAUGAAUUGUGGAUUUUUAUCAGUGUGAACUAGAUUACAGUAUUUUCUUUGGAGGAGACAUUAGUGUUUGUGAUCAAGUUCAGCUCUGCAGUGUUGCUGCCCUCAAAGAUAAAGGGAACACUUAAUGUGGGGCAGUUUCUGCAGCAGUGAAGAAAUGUCUAUGCAGCCAUUUUAUAUGGUGUAAAUAUGCAAGCCUGAGAUAAAAGAAAUGCUUGUUUUGGUCAAGAACUUGUGCAGAACGCAGCAUAUUGAGGGGAGAAUGUGUUUUACUGGAUAGCAGAGACUCUGUUUAGCUUGAACAGCAUUUUCUAAAAUCAACUGUAUGACAGUUAGCAGCCCAACAAUAUUCACAAUUAAAUUAAAAUGUAGACUACUUUCACAAGGGUUUUGGACUUUCCCUGAAAAACAAGUUCUUAAGUAGAGCAUAUCAUAUAUAUAUAUAUAUAUUGGUAUUGGUGUACAUGCUGUCAUUUUUAUUUAGUUAACACAUUUGUGGGAUCAUUUUAAAAACUGUGCGUGUAUCGGCAAAUAUAUCCAUUUUGGUUAUUUUUUACUGCUUGCUAUCGGUACUGACAUCAGCCCCCAAAAAUGUGUUCCAGCCAGGCUCUAAUUUUUAGUAGCUGUAAAUUAAUUUCUGCACAUUGACUAUUCAUUUCAGCUCUUAUCUCUUAUUUAUCGUUUGAGUGAUUAAAUUGUUUAAUCGAUAAAAGUCUAAAGAAAUGAAAAAUGUAUUCCAUGACUUGCUCCAAAAUUCUCUGUUUUAGGAUUAUGAGUAUGAAAUGUUUGAUGUAAAUGAAGAAAACGAUAUUCAAAAUUUGAGAAACUGAUAUCAACAUAACAUAACAAACAUAAUGUGACUUCUUAGUUUAUGUUGAGCCACGACAAACUAAAACCAUAAUCGAUUAAAACAUAAUUUCAGGUCUAAAAGAAUUCAUGCAGUGUUUUCUGAUUAACUGAACCUUGGGGAAACCUACUGUGGAAAUCAUGGAUUGUCCCUGUUUUAAUACUUAAACAAACAUACAGUAUGACAGCCACUGUGUUUAGAUACAAUGCACGUUAGCAUAACAAUGACUGUCAGCGUGUGAUUACACAGUCCACACAACACAAAGCAUUCAUCAGGUGCUUUGUGAAUUCCAGUGCAGAUCGACGGCUUCAGAGAUCAGAUCUAACAGACAAAUCGGAUUUUCCAGCUGUUUGGAUAGUUUGUGUUUUGGCAAACGACAGAGCGCAGGGUGAAUGUGUACACAGUGUUUACUGCUGCUGCCUCCAUGUAAACGUGUCAGGGAUGCAGAUGAUGCUUGUGAUAUCAAAGCUUGCGUCAACUGAAUUUGAACACGGCUCCUGGAGCCUGGGCAGAUAAACAAGUCAUGAGGGCGAUGCUUGUACUAGAAAAAAGGCAUUUGUUGUAACGUGUGAAUGGACAUCAGGGUUUUCACAGGGGAAAAAAAGGCUUUACUGUGUCUCUGUCAUUAUUCUUGAAGUCCUAGCUGCCAUAUCGCUCAUCUGGCACCAUAAUGAAUUCAAAUCAAAGCACACUCUGCAAAUAUGAUAACAUAUUUAGGCACUGCUGUUUUUACUGCAGUCGCGCUGCGCUGCUGCUGAGCUUUGGCACCAUAUCUGAAAAGAGGAGAACUGAGAGUAAUUAGACUUCCGUGGCUCCCGCAGUAUAAGCAGCAUCCUGAAGUUUAACAGAUUUUAGCAGUUUAUCUGAUGCACACAGUCCAGAUCAUGUUGUCUGAAACAGGAAAGCAUAGAGCAUGUUUUACAACGACAACAAACAAGACAAAAGAAGUCACGCAAGACACAAUAAAUACCUUAUCAUCCAAGCAGAGUAUCCUAAAAUGUAAUAAAAGUCAUCAACAAAGCAACUUUUACCCAGGCUGACUAAAUAAACAUUUUCAUUGUAUAACUCUGUUCCUGCUGUUGUCAAAUUAAUCCCAUUUUGGUGAUCUCCAUUUCAGAUUUGUAAGUUUUUAAAUAAAUCUGAGAAUGUGUCAGUAAAUCCUUUUUAACUGCCAUAGUGACAUUUGCUGUGGGUUAAUGUAGAUGUCUAUCACUGGUGUUUGAACUGUGACUGCUGUUUUGAAACCACAUUUUUCCAAUCUGUUGUACAAACUAAAAAUGUAUAAUCUGCAGAUAUCUGUGUUGCUGUUGUAGUUUGUGCAGAAUGACUUCAGUUGAAUGUAAGUUACUUUUGUUUUCAUUCAUAAAGUUUAUUUUUGUAUCAAUGUGGGCCUCCCCAUGUUUUGCUCUGUUGUUUCUCUGUGAGAGAUUUUAUUAAGAUGCCGUCUUUCUGUUUUGUUUCUCAAUAUUGUAAAGAGAAUAUGAAUAAAGAUAUUAUCUUCCAUGAACUGAUUUAAGAUA